AUGGGAAAUUGUGUUUCAAAAAACGAACAAAAACAACGAAAUAAAGCUAUCAAUCGAAUUAUUAAAGAAGACGAGAAGAAACUAAAAACAGAAGUGAAAUUACUUUUACUGGGAGCAGGAGAGUCAGGGAAGAGCACCAUCCUAAAGCAAAUGCGAUUAAUUCACGCCACUGGUUUCAAUGCAGGGGAACGCGAAACCUAUCGUUCACUAGUAUUCCUGAACAUAAUGCAAUCGAUGAGACUUGUAUUAGAGGCGAUGGAAUAUUUCCGGAUACCGUUUGGAGAUAAAAAUAAUGUGUCAUAUCUUCAUUUAUUUAAUGAUCCGCCAAGUAUUACGGAAGGUAAUCCUUUUCCAAGUGUAUAUCUUGAUCCUCUUAAAUCACUGUGGGCUGAUAGUGGAGUACAGCAAUGUUAUGAGAAAGGAAAUCAAUACGCCUUACACGAUAAUAUGAAUUAUUUUUUCGAAUCGUUGGACCGUGUAUUCGCAUCAAACUAUAGGCCAACUGAUCAAGAUAUUUUGAGAUGUCGAAUGAAAACUACUGGAAUUGUGGAGACAACGUUCCAUCUGGGUCCAUUGACAUAUCGAAUGCUUGACGUAGGCGGACAGCGCUCUGAACGGAAAAAAUGGAUCCAUUGUUUUGAAGAUGUUACGGCGGUCUUAUUUUUAGUGGCAAUUAGUGGCUAUGAUCAAUGUUUAGUCGAGGAUAAAGAUGCUAAUCAGAUGCUAGAAGCAUUAAUGCUAUUCGAUUCUAUAUGUAAUUCACAAUGGUUCACAAAUACCUCGAUGAUUCUAUUCCUAAACAAAAUCGAUAUAUUCCGAAAAAAGAUUGUAUUUUCCCCUGUUAAAAAAUAUUUUCCCGAUUAUCAAGGACCAAAUAAUGAUUUCAAGCAGACGUCACACUAUUUCAAAAAACGAUUUCAACGGCUGAAUCGUAGUGACUUAAAAGAAGUAUAUCCUCAUUUCACUGAUGCUACUGAUACAAAUUUACUACGACAUAUAAUGGGCAGUGUUACUGACAUCAUAUUAACUCAAAAUCUAAGAGAAUUAGCUAUAUAA